AUGGUGUUUUUUGGCUACAUGGUAUUCAGCAUUGUGCUCGGGCUCCUGGCUGACAGGUAUGGCCGCUGGAAGAUUCUGCUGCUCUCAUUCCUCUGGACAUCUUAUUUCUCCCUGCUGACUUCCUUUGCCCCAUCUUACAACUGGUUUGUGCUCCUGCGGGCCAUGGUAGGAGGCGGUGUGUCAGGCCAUGCCUCAUGUCAGAUUAUCAUAAAGACAGAAUUUUUGCCUAUCAAAUACAGAGGAUACAUGUUGCCUUUAUCUCAGGUGUUUUGGUUAGCAGGAUCCUUGUUAAUCAUUGGCCUGGCAUCAGUGGUGAACCCAACCAUUGGCUGGCGGUGGCUAAUCAGAAUCGCCUCCAUUCCUGGCAUCCUUCUCAUCCUGGUGUUCAAGUUCAUCCCAGAGUCUGCACGGUACAACGUCUCCAAGGGAGACAUGUCAGCUGCCCUGGCCACGCUGCAGAGCAUAGCCAAGAUGAAUGGGGCAGUGAUGCCCAAGGGGACGCUGAGGGAACCUGCCAAGGAAAGGAGAGGAAGAUUCAAGGACCUCAUCCACCCCAAAUACCUCAGAACCACUUUGCAGAUAUGGAUCAUAUGGCUUGGUACAGCUUUCGCAUACUAUGGCGUUAUACUGGCCAGCGCCGAGCUGCUGGAACGGGACCUGGUCUGCGGCUCUGCAGCACCACUGGUGCAGGACCCUGGCGACGACUCCGAGGAGAGCCGCAGCCCUUGCUACUGCCGCUUGUUUGGGCCCCUCGCCUACAGGACCAUGAUCAUCAGCACGGUCGGAGAGAUCUCAUUGAAUCCUUUGAACGUUCUUGGCAUCAAUGUUCUUGGCAGACGACUGAGCUUAUGUAUCACCAUGGGAUGUACAGCCCUAUUCUUUCUUCUCCUUAAUAUCUGCACCUCAAGCACAGGUGUGACUGGGUUUCUCUUCAUGCUGCGUGCCUUGGUUUCAGCAAACUUCAACACCAUUUACAUUUACACAGCAGAGGUUUAUCCUACCACAAUGCGAGCCCUGGGGAUGGGAGUAAGUGGGUCAUUGUGCCGCGUUGGAGCUAUGGUAGCCCCAUUUAUAUCACAGGUUAUCAUGAGUGCUUCAUUUGAGGGGGCUCUGUGUCUUUUCUCAUCUGUGUGUGUUGUGUGUGCCAUCUCUGCGUUCACACUGCCCAUCGAGACCAAGGGCAGGGCACUGCAGCAAGUGAAAUGA